AUGAAAAUGAUUGAUUUCAUUAAAACACCAGCAGAGACAACUGAAUACAAAAGUAGUGAUAUACAACUACCAACACCAUUACAGGAAAAAAUUCAAACAUAUGAAUCUACAACAUUGUCUCAAUCAAAAGAAAUAUCAAGUUUAGAUUCAUUGGCUCAUGUUUUAGGAAGCCAAGAGCAUUGUGGACGUGUUCGCGGUCUAGGUUUGGGUCCUUGCCCAUCUAAAGUCUUUGGAGUCCAUGCUCGUUCUCAUAUUAGAUCAUCUUCAUCUACUCCUUCUAAUGUUGAAUUACAAUCUCAGGUAUCUUCAUUGACUUCUUCUAAUGUUAAAUUAGAAUCUCAGGUAUCUUCAUUGACAUCACAAGUCAAUGAAAUGAAGGCAAUCAUGACACUUUUGUUGCAAAAUCAUCAAGGUAUCUCAUCAAGGGAGUGGGCCAAACAAUGGAUGUAA